UCGAAGUUCAAUCCAUGCGCAAUGAAUUUGCGCAUUUACGAAAAGGGUGAAUAAGUGAAAAAAUUUUGGUAAGAUUUUCGGAUAGUUAACUCAACGAUAUUCAAAAUGACUGGUGGUACAUCCACCGAAAAGUCAACAAGUAAUCCUCUGGAACAAUUUGUGCUGCUUGCAAAAACAGCUAAAGGUGCAGCAGCUUUGGAAUUAAUACGUCAAGCUGUAGAAACACCGGGAGUUCAUGUCUUUGGUGAAUUACUGGAUAUGCCAAAUAUAAAGGAAUUGGAAAGUGGUCCAUAUGUUCAAUAUUGGAAUACAUUAAAUUUAUUUGCAUAUGGUACAUAUAAACAAUAUUUAGAGAAUAAAGAUAAGGUUCUGGAAUUGACUCCUACGCAAAAAAAGAAGCUUCAACAUCUUACAAUUGUAACACUUGCAACUAAGUCUAAAUGUAUACCUUAUUCUAUCUUGCUUGAAGAACUUGAUAUAAAAAAUGUCAGAGAUCUAGAGGAUUUAAUAAUAGAAGCUAUAUAUGCAGACAUAAUACAUGGUAAAUUAGAUCAAAAAAAUUCUCAAUUGGAAGUGGAUUAUGCUGGCUUAGGACGAGAUGUUAGACCCGGUGAUGCAGGAGUAGUAGCAGAAACUUUAUCUGCUUGGGGUGAAGCUUGUGACGCUGUUUUAGCGUGCAUCGAAGAACAAGUGACACGUGCAAAUGUAGAAAAACAAAAAGCCACUUAUCACAAAGAAAGAAUACAACGAGAUAUUGCCAAUAUAAAGAAAUUGCUGGCUGCUCAAGCUGGUGGUGGUGGAGUACAAGAAGCUGAUGUAGCAGGAGGUAGUUCUAGUGCAGGUGGCAGUGAAUCUGGUAGAGAAGCUUUACCGGUGCUACCAGAUCUAAAGAAAAAGCAACAGAAGGUGAAAUGUCUCAGAGGCAGUGGAAGACAGAAUAUAUUCUGUGGGAUUUAAAAUGUUUAGAAACUUGUACAGUUCAUUAAUACUAUCAGUAUUAAUACUACAGUUCAUUAAUACAUAUAUCAUUUUUUUUUUUAUUCAGACCAAAGCUUAUUUAGAUUGAUAGAAUUUAUAGUCCACAUCUGAUAUUGUACAACUAUUGUUAUCCAAUCUAAAAAUAGCAUGUCCAAAUGAUUGAUUAGUGUUCGUUCGGUCAUAUCGAGAUACCUCAUUUUUUUAUGUGCUGAAAUUUGAUACAGAUACAAAGUCUUUAAAUUGUUUAGUGUUCGGAGAAAUGUGUAAUUAGAUCAGCAGAUAGUUUUUGAUGAAAGGUUCUAUGUCAAGAAGGGUAAAACCUCAACACCAUUGAUGUAGUUUAGCUAAUACAAAUGUCAGUAUAAUUUUAAAAGCGUUGUAAUUGCUAAUGGAAUAAAAAGUAAUUUAUUUUA